AUGUUGAAGGUUGUUGAGGUUUCAACCUCAAAGACAGGGAAGCAUGAUCAUGCUAAAUGUCAUUUUGUUGCUAUAGACAUUUUCACGAGCAAGAAGCUUGAAGAUAUUGUUCCUUCUUCCCACAACUGUGAUGUAUGUUCCGAUUAUCAGCUGAUUGACAUUUCUGAAGAUGGAUAUGUGAGUUUGUUGACUGACAAUGGUAGCACCAAGGAUGAUCUCAAGCUCCCUACUGAUGACACUCUUCUUCAACAGAUAAAGAGUGGGUUUGAGGAUGGGAAAGAUCCAGUGGUGAGUGUGAUGUCAGCCAUGGGAGAGGAACAGAUCAAUGCUCUCAAGGACAUUGGUCCCAAGUGA